AUGUUGCGCUGGUACCAGUCCAAGUUGGCCAAGCGCCCCAUCCUCACAGCCAGCAUCACCAGCGCUGUACGUCUCUCCCCUCUCCGCCCUAUGCCCUCCGUCCUGUCGAGCCUGUCGCUAAUUCACAAUCGCAGGUACUCUUCGCCUCCGGCGACACCCCUCGCCCAACAGGCCGUCGACCGCCGCGGUCUCGAGAAGCACGACUUUGCCCGCACCGGGCGCAUGGCCCUCUACGGCGGAGCCGUCUUCGGUCCCGUCGCUACCAAAUGGUUCGGUUUCCUGCAGCGUCAUGUCGUUCUCAACACUACCUUGACCACCACCCUCGCCCGUGUCGGCUGUGACCAAUUUAUCUUCGCGCCGGUCCAAUUGACCGCCUUCCUUUCCUCCAUGGCCAUUAUGGAGGGUGGUUCUCCGCUCGAAAAGUUGAAGCACUCCUGGUUGCCGGCCUACAAGGCCAAUUGUAUGGUCUGGCCGUUUGUGCAGGGCGUCAACUUUACAUUUGUGCCACUGGAGUUGCGUGUGUUGGUGGUGAAUGUGAUUAGCUUGGGCUGGAACUGUUUCCUCAGCUUGAUGAACAGCGAUGAGGCGUAA